CAUAGAGACGGACACACACAAGCCAUCUGCCUUGGCACAACGAGAACGGCCACAUCGGAGAGCGACUGACUCAAUGUCGCUUUUCCAGCUCAAGAGCUGGUGGGACCUUCCCAGUAGAAGCAAAGUCGGUGCAAACAGAUGCAGGCUCUACGACGCCUCCUCCAUGUGUGUUCUCGAGGACGGAGGCCCAGGCGCUCGCGGGGAGCUUCCAAAUCUCAUCGCCUUCGGUGGACUGGAUGGCAUCCUCCGGGUAGCAGUACCGGAUCCCACCGGCCGAUGCAAUCUGCCUGGUGGCGUGCUUCUUGAGCUGGAUCUUCAAAAGCCGAUUCUGCAAAUAGACUACGGAUUCUUCAUACGCAAUUCCAAGUCCAAGGCGCUUGCCCUUCUCCAUCCCAACCAUCUGUCGAUUGCAAGGAUCGCGCUUCUCCCCGACCCAACAGCCGGGAUGAGUGUCCAAGGGGAAAUGCCAACGCUCGCAGACAGGUGCCACUUUGCGGUCGAGUACGAAAUCACACUCUCGUCUCCGUCGUUCAACAUGGUAUAUGGACCCUUCGGUCGAGUCUCUGACAAGGAUCUCAUCUGUAUCCAGUCGCUCGACGGCAUCUGGACGGUUGUCGAUGGUGGUAGCGUUGGCUUUGUUCGCAAGCUGCCUGACUUUAUCCUGCCCGGCUCGCUUUGCUACAUCCCAACAACAGACUCGAUAGUCACGUAUUCGUCGACCAUGGCGGUGGAGUCUUACCGCUACCAUCACAUAGCCAUUGCAGAUGAGGUUCCAGCUAUCCAACCAGGCGAUAAGCGUCCCACGACUCCCUGGGCAAGCGCCAAGAGGCUCAAGCCCGACUGGUCAUUUAUCGUGAUGGACACUGUCGUUGACAUCUUGAUCACUCGCACAGAGUUGUGCAUCGACGAUCAGGCGGAAAUUGCGGUUGUGGGCUACCUUGGCGCCCCAGACGAGAAAGGCAUUCCAAAGCACUACUUGGCCAUCGGCACACACUCUGGCUUGUUGAUGAUCUAUCACGGCACUUGCCUCAUCUGGAUGGCAAGAAUGGACACCAUCCCAGCGAGUAUUAGGAUUGGGUCAUUUUGGGAUACGAGAAACCUUAUUGUCCAUCUGAACGAUAUGGGAGAUUUGUGUGUUGCCUAUCUUGGCACAAGAAAGUCGCCCAUGUCACUGGAUCAAGAUACCCCAGUAGUGGUAUCGGACGAGAACAUCUUGGAGCUUCGGAAGGUGCAUCGCGAUCUCGAAGCGGCCACCUCGGACUCUGGAAAGCGACUUUCAAAGGCAGCAACUUUCCUCGACGUUCAACAUGAACUUCACAUCACCUGCGAGCCAGAGAACUCGCUUUUGGAUGGCGGCGAUACAGGAUGGAUUCGUCGUGCCCGCUGUGUGGUCAAAGUAUCAAACUUGGGCAGCGUAUGCGUAACAGAAAUCCGUGCAUCCGUAGCCACGGUCUUUUUCAUGCGCAUAACUGAUGUUGUUGAGCCUGCUCUGGAUCUCGACCCCGAGUGCAGCUGCGAGAUGGCAUUCUCCUUAGCCCUCGAAUCUGACGGGCUCUAUGGCGGACAGCCCAUACAAGUGUUGUUGACAUUCUCCGUCGCAACCCAGCCAGAUCGACUCAUCGGGCAGCGGUAUGACAUUGAUCUGCCGAUUACCAUCGGUGGCUCCUUUUGCGCUGCCGAUCCUGAUGAAUCGGCAAUGACCGAGGUUGUAUUUGAGACAGACUACGGACAUCAAGUUCUGCCUGCACUCUACGAAGGCGAUACAUCGAAGGAACACCAUGCUCUCUUGGAAGGCGGGUGCAUCACUUUUCGACACUGGAACGGUGUCGUUGUGUGCAUCAAUGCCCAAAGGAAGGGGUUCCUUUCAUUUCGAUCAGAGUCUCUCGACGCCCUUGCGCUGCCAAUUCGCGGUCUAUGGAAGCAGUUUUAUCGCCAGAGCAUAGCUGAUCCACCGCACUUUAGCAUCAAAGAGCUGCCAAUGCCGGCAUACUCGAGCGUCAUCAAUCUGCAUAUCGCAGCUCGUGCCGUCGCAUCCCGCAGUCGCCAAGAGCUUGAGAAUACUGCGGCUCUAUAUCGCAUCACUCAGAAGCGCUUGCUUAUCCGAGUCAAAGACACAGCUCCGUCCAGCAUCGAUCAUCUAGCCCUCGUCCUUGACACACUGUACGACUCGAUGCGCCAGGAUAUGACCGCAUGCAGCAGGGCCGAGAAAAACCUCGAUACUCUCCGACAGAAGCUCUCGAACGCCACGAUGUGCAUGUGUGUCUUGAUUGGCAUAUACGCUGAGCUGGAUGCAGUCACCCAGGCGAGUCUGUUCAGCGCUCUCAGCUGCCAUGUUCCUGCCAAUGAAGAUGCCGUUGGAUGGGAGGAAAACACCUACGCCUCCAUCAUUUCGAUGGCCAAAGAAAUCUCAUCAAAGUUUCGGGAGCAGUAUGCCCCGAGUCACAGUUUGCAUGAGCGGGCCGAGAAUGCCACAAAGCUGGAAACCAGCAUCACGAAGCUCUCAGAGAGGCUCAGGAAGCUGAGUGUCCGCAGGAAGCGAGCCUCUGAAGUCUAA